CAGCGGCACAGACGUGGCCGUGGUGCCGCUGCUGCGUUCAAGCGGCGCACUGUCCCAUCUGGAGGCGGACAGAGGGGGCGAAGUUUCACUCUCUGCACGGCAGACCGAGCGCAGCGCAGCGUCGCUGCCGGAGUCCAACACAACAAUGGCGACUCUCAGUCCUGACAGCAACUCCACGGGCUCCGGCAACCGCGGCAGCGUCGUAGGAUCCACGUCGCACCAACUCCACCAGCAGACACAGAGCAGCAGCAUGCAAGAGCCCAACACCUGCUGGAGAUGUCAGAAUGAAACAGGGUUUCAGAUAAGCCUGUCUGGAGUAUCCCAAAGUAAACGUAAGGCGCUGAAGCUGAACUUCGCCAACCCCCCUGUGAAACCGGCCUCCAGGCUCCCGCUCCCCCCAACGCCAGCCCCGUCUUUCCAAAACCCUCACAUAGAGCGUCUACUGACACACAGCAUCGAGUCGUCGGGGAAGCUGAAGAUCUCCCCCGAGCAGCACUGUGACUUCACCGCGGAGGAUCUGAGAGACCUCGGGGAGAUCGGUCGUGGCGCAUACGGCUCCGUCAACAACAUGGUCCACAAACCCACGGGCCAGAUCAUGGCUGUCAAGAGGAUUCGCUCCACCGUGGAUGUGAAGGAGCAGAAGCAGCUGCUGAUGGAUCUGGACGUGGUGAUGAGGAGCAGUGACUGUGUCUACAUUGUUCAGUUCUACGGCGCUUUGUUCAGAGAGGGGGACUGUUGGAUUUGUAUGGAACUCAUGGCUACCUCAUUAGACAAAUUCUACAAAUAUGUAUACUGUGCAUUAGAUGAAGUCAUUCCAGAGGAAAUAUUAGGCAAAAUAACAUUAGCGACCGUUAAAGCACUGAACCACUUAAAAGAAAACUUGAAAAUAAUUCACAGAGACAUCAAACCUUCCAACAUUCUCAUGGACAGAAGGGGCAACAUCAAGCUGUGCGACUUUGGCAUCAGUGGUCAGCUGGUGGACUCCAUAGCCAAGACCAGAGACGCAGGCUGCAGGCCUUACAUGGCGCCCGAGAGGAUAGACCCCAGUGCUUCCAGACAAGGCUAUGAUGUCCGGUCGGAUGUGUGGAGCUUGGGAAUCACCUUGUAUGAGUUGGCCACGGGAAGGUUUCCCUAUCCCAAGUGGAACAGUGUUUUUGACCAGCUGACACAAGUGGUGAAAGGAGAGCCUCCUCACCUCAGCAACUCGGAGGAGAGGCAGUUCUCCCCUAAGUUCAUCAACUUCGUUAACCUGUGCCUUACAAAAGAUGAAUCAAAAAGGCCAAAGUACAGGGAGCUUCUGAAAGAUCCCUUCAUUCUGAUGUACGAAGAGCGAUUCGUGGACGUCGCCAGUUACGUAUGUCGCAUCCUGGAUCUGAUACCCGCCUCUCCUACAUCUCCUAUGUAUGUGGACUGACCUCAGAGUUACGGAGGAUCGCUUGUGUAGUCGCAUGUUCCAAAGAACUUCGAAGGAACUGAGUCCAAAUUCUCCAGUGCAGUAAGAUGAAUAUUGUUAAAAGCAAACACUUCCACCUUCCAUCAUCUCAUUUAGAGUCAGUGAAACUUGAAAUAUUAUCAUCCAUCUUCAGCCUUCAGAUAAAAACUGAGGACAUUGUCUUAGUAAAAUGCAAUGAAUCUUUAUGUGAUGAAAAAGGAGUUAGAGUAUACAGGCGUGUGUGUGUGUGUGCGCGCGCUUGUUUGUUUGUGUGUGUGUGUGUGUGUGUGUGUGUGUAUAUAUAUAUAUAAAUAUAUACACACAUACUUGAACUUGUACACCAAUAUAGAAUCUACCAAAUAAAAUGUUCAACAGUGACACACGACAUAUGAACAAAAUCGGGGACUGUAUGUAUGCAAAUGUGUGUUCACCUCUGUAUUGUGGACAUGCACAGAUCUAUGCCGACUAGCACCUACACACACAAUGUUUGUUGUCGGCACCUGCACUCAAGGUAGACAAACGAGUAUGCAUCAGUGUUUCUCUCUGAAAGCUCAUGGAUACGGUGGUGUGGCUUUACCCCUUUCUCCGUGUUUUAAUCCUAUAUGCAAUCUGUGAGAGCUUGUCUCGGCACGUGAUCGGGACAGUCUCUCACAUCCACUGCCAAGCCCCAGCAUGUGCCUUUCAUAUGUUAUCAUUACAUUGGCGUCAAAGAGUUAAGCCUCCGCUUUCGUGAAAGAUAAAUCCUCGAUGGGCUUUAAUAGACCCGAAAGGUCAUUGAACAACACUUGCGACUUCAACCCAUUUAGUUGUAACUCUUGUUUCCCCAACCCCCAAAAAAACACGUCAUCCGGAAAUGUCUGGUUGCUGUUCAGGAGCAUCACCUUGAAUCCACUCAGUGAAUACGAAUCCUUUUGUCCAAUCAUUUGCAAAAGGUGAAAGCUAAUCCAAAUUAGAUUUAAGUUACGAAUAACUUGAAUGUGUCUUUUGUUAAAAAUAACAGUCAGCACUAUAUUAAAAUGAGAGGCUGCCCUCAAUGUUUUGCCAAUAAAAAAUGAUCCAUGAAUAAUAAAAUCAGUGCUUUGCAAAUCUGGUUCUUCGGCUUACAGGGAGCUUGAUCAUUAAGUUGUUGGAAGUUGAAAUGGUGUUUCAGUUUUUACACUGGUAACAGAUCUGAUUUAUUAAUUCAUAUUAAAUAAGUGUCGUUAAAUGGCUUUUACCGGAGAUCAACAAUUUAUCUUGCAGAAAAAAGAGACGCUAAUUUCUGAGACUCAAUUGCAAUAAUAAUAAUAAUUUAAACAAUGAUAAUAGAAGAAAGUCAAACGGGGGCUAAGCCAAUGCUACUUUGCCUGAUGUAAAGUAACUUUGGGACAUCGUGUCCCUCGAUGUAAAUGUGUAUGUAUAUAGUGCAUCUAAUCUGCUGUUCCUGGCAGAGUUCUGCUUGACCGCUAAGGCUCAUUUCCGAAACACGAGAGAUGAUCAGAUGGAGCUGCGGAAAGACAAACGCGUCCGCAUGCUCCAGUUGGAGAGCGAGCCUUAGCGCUCUUCAUCGGCCUGUCAUAGCACUGUACAGUUAAACUGCUCACCCACACUGAUCACAGAUCCGCCGUACUGCCACACGGAGGCAAACCGCACUAACUACCCUUCACAAGUCCCGGCGAGUGUUUCCCGUUGAGAAAAUGCUGCUAAAUGCCAAUACUGUCCACCAACUACACAAACUGUCAGGAGAGGAGGGAAGGCCGCACCCUGGGUAGUUGCUGCUCUUUGACCCUUAAGGUCACCGUGACCUCAGCAUGUUCCCCGGUGACUCCGCAUGUCUCGCUGGCUCGCACUGAUGAUGGAAUGUUUCCGAACCAUGAUUUACACGUGGGAUGCGUCUGCGUGGUCUAAAACACACACACACUCCCUCACCUGUCUUCGUCCACUGGUGCUUGUAUUCUAAAAUGUACCAUUAAUGGGCCAGGGGAAAGGGAAGCUGCGAAUUUGAGACUUAUUGAUCCACCCUCCGCGAGUCCCUCCUAGAAAGCCACGUCUACCAGGCAGGGGCAGUGGACGGUUAGCUACAUAACCAAACUGACUGUAUUGAUGGUAAUCCUUCAACACUGGGACACUGUACAGACUUGUCAUGUAAUAAAUUACUAUAAAGUAUUGUUUUAUAUUUUCUCUAUUGUGAAGAAAUCCCACGAACACAACAUCGCUAGUUUAACGGAUAAGGCUGGCUACAUUGUAAUACCGUUAAUGUAAAUGUCUCAUUGCAUUAAAAUAAAGUUUGGAGUCUUGCAAAGAGACAGCAGGAAAAAAGCGGAUGGUAAAAAUUGAUGAAGCAGAGGCUGAGAUAUUCUGCCGUAACAGUCAAGACAUUGUCAGGGUUAUUUCCUUUUCUUUCUAGAAGACUGUAAACUGAGCUUCGUGUGUGAAUUCAGUGGCCCCCUGCAUUUUACCUACAUUUCUAUGGCACGAGCCUCUACAGACCUCAGCCAUGUUGGAGAACGAUUUCUAGGGCGCGUCGUGAUUGCCCGUUUAAAAAAAAACAAACGUGUUGAAUAUUCGGGGCUCACCCGGGAAGGUGACACGUUGAAACAAAGAUAGUGGAGUUGCUUUGUAGACCGGUUGGACUCCGCUCUGUCCAUUUCUAUCCGUCAUGUGAAACGGUGCAAACCCCUACGACAGCCUCGUUUUACCAAAAAGGCUGUUUCAAUGCAGUCUCCAGAUCUGUGCUUCUCUCACGGGAGGUUUCCAGGAAGCUAACUUACCACUGGUGACCAUGAAUCUCCAGGGCACACGAUGUAUAAAUUGCAAUUUACCAGAAUGUUCAUAUUAGAUUAGAAGAUAAUGUUAAGGGCAAUGGAUAUUAUAUUGUAUCUGUAUUGAGCGUUAAAAAUAAAGUUCCCGUGGGAAGGAUUACAAAACCUG